CGAGUGCACAUUUUUGAUCAUAUACCAGCCAUUACUCUAUCAAGAUAUACACUAUUUGAAUUUCGCAACCCGUCAAUAUGCUCGUGUCUGUUAAGUCUCACUUCCGCCCUCGGUAUGAGCCUUACUCAAGUCGAUGGAGACAGAGCAAGAAGGGCAGACAAACUCUUCCUCGUGUGUCUGAAGAGAAAUACCUCAAGCCAGUCAACGACAGCUUCAACUUGAACCUCGGGGAUCUCCUGCAAAGUCCUCUGUGGUUUAAACAUCAUGUCGACAUUCCGGCUGUUGAUAUGCCUGCACGUCUUGGAAGGUUCGGCGGUCAAUUUGCUCCAGAGUUGCAGAUGGACCUCCUCCUCGAUCUUCCUAGCGUAUUCCACAGCGUCCUCUCUGACAACCGGUUCUGGACAGAGUUCUCUGCCAGCCCCUUCCUCCGUCCUAGUCCUCUUCAUUUAGCCCAUAGCUUGACGAAGGCCGUCGGCGGGGCGAACAUCUGGCUAAAGCGCGAUGACCUCAACCCUUUCGGCAGCUAUCAAACCCGCAACAUCGUCGGCCAGAUUCUUUUCGCCCAGCAUAUUGGAAAGACAGAGAUUUCCAUGGAAUGUGGAUUUGCAGGGCAUGGUCUCUUCUGUGCUACCAUGUGUGCGCGCAUGAAUAUGAAGUGUACAAUCCUCAUGGGGGCCUCUGAUAUCGCCGCACAACCUGACGCCGUUGAGGAAAUGAAACAGCUCGGCGCGACUGUUGUCAGCGUUCAAUGCUCAAUCAGUGACGAUGGCAGCGGCACCCUCCGAGCUGCCACCAACGAAGCCCUUCGCUACUCGUUGACUCGCCUCAAUUCGACAUACCAUAUCAGUACUGGCACCGUCGGCCCCCAUCCCCUCCCAACCAUCACCCGCACCUUCCAAUCGCUACUCGGCCAGGAGAUCAAGAUCUGCAGCUCAGAACUUCCGGGCAGGGGACGUCGAAAGAACAACUUCAGACCGUCCGCCCUUGUAUCCACUUCCGGUGCCGCAGCUCUAGGCAUGUUUGCGCCUUUCAUUUCCGACCCAGCCGUCCGCCUCAUUGCUGUUGAAGCAGCGGACGCGGCACCACUAACUCACGGCUCGCCGGGCGUAAUGUACGGCUGUAAGACUCUUCUAUUGCAAGACGAGAAUGGCCAGAUUCUGCCGUCGCACUCUAUAUCUCCAGAUCUGAAUUUCCCUUGCGCAGGCCCUGAAUUGGCUCAUUGGAGGGAUCUCGGGCGGCUAGAGACGGUUACGGCGUCGAGCGAAGAAGCUGUAAGGGGAUUGAGGAUAUUGUGUGAGAGCGAGGGGAUUGUGCCUGGUCUGGCUACAUCACAUGCAGUUCUAGAGACUGUUAGGGUUGCUAGGCAAUUGGGGAUUGGUAAGGAUGUUGUUCUGCUUAUUUCGGGCUGA